GCCAGCCGGAAGCGGUGCCCUUCGGUGGUGUAUGGGUUGCUUGUUUUUGUCAAAUCACAAUGCCUUGCAGUUAUUCAGUAUCUGGCUGCAAUUUUUUUUUUUUUUUUUUUUUUUUAAUAUUUACCCCUAGUUUCACUAGGGGAACGGGCCCUUGUCCGAAGACGGCCCGUUAAGAGGGUAAAAAUGCUCCCUCCCUGCGCGGGGGAGCACGGGCUUAGCCUAAUGGCGGCCCGUAGCAGGAUGCCGACAGACCGACUCUAUCGGCGAUCGAAAUCUAGCCGACCGAGUCGGUCUGCCGACGAGGACUGGCGUGUCUCUGUGGCUGCAAGUCUGACAGAUGAGGCUGAGCAGGUCUGCUGUCUACACAAUGUUGCAGACUCGUGCCCAAAAGGAUCGUGUUAUCACCUCCCUGCCACCACCCUUCAUCAGACAGGCAAGUCCCCACACCCAUGAUGACUUCCAUGAGGAGGUGAGGAAUGCAGCAAAUGGGGACCACAUGCUGCAAGCUGGCCUCAAGAUCUCCAAGAUGAUUGUGUUGGGGGAUGUGGCCACCGGAAAGACUUGCCUCGUCAACAGGUUUUGUCACCAAGUUUUUGAUGCCAACUACAAAGCAACAAUAGGCGUAGACUUUGAGGUGGAGAGGUUUGACAUCCUGGGCAUCCCCUUCAAUCUGCAAAUCUGGGACACUGCUGGGCAAGAGAGAUUCAAAUGCAUUGCUGCUUCCUACUACAGGGGUGCAAGUGCUGUGAUGAUCGUGUUUGAUGUGACCAACAUUGUGACACUGGCCCACACUUCCCAAUGGCUGGAGGAAGCCCGGCAGGCCAAUGCAGACCGCCUCACCCCCUUGGUAUUCUUGGUGGCAACCAAACGAGACCUCAUGAGUGAAGGAGCUUACGACCAGAUCGAGAAGGAGGCCCGGCGAGUAGCACAAGGCCUUGGCGCAGAGUACUGGGCAGUGUCCUCCAAGACAGGUGACAACGUGGAGUCUUUGUUCCUACGAGUAGCAGCACUCACCUUUGACCGCUCAGUGGUGCAGGAGCUAAGCGGUGGUGGGUCAGACAGACGCAAGCAGUCCACAGUCAGGAUUGGCCAUAGGUUGGAGGACACCUUUGAAGGCCACAAAAAAGCCAAGUGUGCAACAUGCAACAAGUAGCACUUUGGGCCCUGAUGAGUGUGGCUCCAGAGUCCUUUCCUACUGCCCUCGGUAGCAGAUAUCUCAGUAAUGGUAAUUAUAGACAAAGCACUUAACUCUUCACGCAAUGGUAGUGUGAAGAUUUACUCAAGUUAUGAACAAUGAAGCUAUUAGUAUAGGAAGGUUGCUUUUAAACCAGUGAUAGUCAGAGUGGUUUUUCAAUACCUUGAUGAUUAUUUUUGAAUGUUAACCUUUUCCAUUCAUGACGCAGACGUCGGCGACACAGUAUGGAAAGGGUCAAGAGGAAAUGGAAGAGGAUUAAUUCUCUUCUAAACCUCUCAAUCCUCCUCUAAAUUCCUCUUAAUCCUCUUCCAUUUCCUCUUAAGAGGUUUAGAAGAGGAUUAAGAGGAAAUAGAAUAGGAUUAAGAGGUUUAGAAGAGGACUAACCCUUUCCAUACGGUGACGCUGUCGGCCGCCGAUGUCGCGUCGCUGGAGUGAAGGGGUUAAAGAAGGAAUGCUUCUCCAAAAGCUCUAAUUUUUUUGUCCAAAGAAAUAGCAUCAUCAUGUGGACCAUUUUUUUUUUUUUUUUUUUUUGAUUUUUUUUUUUUUUUUAAUUCAACAUUAAAUGUUGACGGGAAGAGGAGACCUUAUUUUAGUCCAUGAUAGUCAGGAUACACUUUUGCUCCAGUAUUGUGUUAAGGUGCUCACCUGUGUUUGUCAUAAAAGCUUGACAUGGUGGGAGCACAAGCAAUUCUUUCCCACCAUAGUGACAGCCAUGAUGCUGAUAGAAGUUAGUGUAAAUAAUUCUGCAUUUCUGUGGUUAGUCACACUAAAGACAGCAUUGCUAGAGGAAAAUGCUUUGAGACAACACAUAUUGCUUCCUAAUGUUGGUGCUGCUACCUUAUAUUGCACAAUGAAUGAUACACAACGGCCUCCCUCCCCCUGACCGUCACCGCCAUGAGGCUGCUGCUUCAGGGACCUUGUGCCUUGUCCAGCCAAGAGGCCCCUCUGGUGCAGUUUCCAGCCUCUUUUUAAUGUAGGAAUGCAUGGAUUCUGCUUACCAGCAGUUUAUGUUAGUCUUUUGCUGUGUUCUCAGCCAAGUGACCUGAUGUUUGCCAGCCUCCUUAAGUGACUUGUUACCGUUGAGAUGACUCACUGUUGUGUAUAGAGGUGAUGUUUGGCAUAUCACUCUGGGUAAAUUUUUUGUGCUCACAGGUGCUUAUUGUAUGUUAUUCCUGUAAAGCACAACUUUAUAGCAUAAGAUGAACAAGUGUUGCUGCUCAUGCUGUGAUAAAGGCUUAUAUGGCAGCUCAACUUAGUUUUCUGAGUUAAUAUGAAAAGUGACUGAUGGUUUUCCCUUUUCUACCUGGAACUAGUCAACUUCAUCAGUAGAAUGCUUUGUUGUGGAUGAGAACUAAACCAAAGGAACAUUAAGGCAUUUAUUUGUGUUAGGAUGUUUAGGGAAGGGAUGCACAUGUUUGCAGGUACAUGUUCACAAGAUGCAUGGGUGUAUUUGGGUUUGCAUGCAUGUCCGAAUUGGGUGUGUAUAUGCGGAAGCACAUGUGCCUGCAACAGGGCUUCAAUAACAGAGGACAGAAUUUUGCUUCCACAUUAUUAUUUUGUUUAUUUUUGCAUUUGCAAAAUACGUUUCAUUCCCUCACUUUCUAAACAUUCACAUUGAAGUUUUAGUUUUAUGCUAUUGAUAUAAUAAAGGUAUUUAAUUCUACCAUUGUGUAAGUUUUUGACAAGAGGUUUUCUGUACUUUUUUUUUGCAUAGAAUUGUUGCAGUGACAAGAUUUCCUGUUAUCAUUUGUUUACUUGAUGAAAGAUGUUUCUCAUGAACCAGACUACAUAUAUUAUUACUUGCAUAUUACUUUUAAAGGAAGUGUAGGAAGACUAAGAUUUUGAAGGAAAUGGUUUAUUUUUAUUUAUUUUUUUAUUCUUUGUGACAAGGUGUUAUGCUCAUGGAACACAUGCACACUGACUUUGGUUGUGAGAAGUUUGAAAUUUAUUGCCACAAUAAAACCUUUGAUGAUGGCACAUAAAUGUAUGCCUCUUAUGUCCAGCCUCCAUUGAGUGAGUACUUGAGCUCAGAGGUUAGAGGACAAUGUUGAAGACUUGCUGUUACUCAUCAAAGUUAAAAGUGCACAGGAAAAUGUGCUUUGGGAAUUUUGCUGGAUUUUUUACAAAUUUUCUGAAUGUUUCAUGUAAUUAUAACUCAUUAUGAUGGUGUAGAUUUCAUGUCAAGUGAUCACUGUCACGUCUUGUAUGCUUCAGUGAGAUAUAGAGUGCUGUUUUGUUGUGCCCUUUGCAUUGUGAAAUGUUGUGAAUAUUAGCACAUUUCAAUUCUUCAGAUUGUGGGUAACUCAGCCUUUACAAGUGUUGUUGUUAGUAAGACACUUUCUUAGUAAGAGACUUGAUUGAAAUGUCUACUGAAGAAUUAUUGAUUAAUUAUUGUAAUUUCAGAGAUACUUUUGUAUUAUUGAAGUGAAAGUAUAGUCUAGAAUUUUGUAGGUGCUUACAUUUUACAGAGGUUUUCUAAUUACUUUAUUUAUUCUAUGCCUAUAUGAUAUUUAGUAUUUUAUAGUGGAACUAGUGUUAUAAUCUUAGUAUGAGAGAAACUCAGCACUAUGUGCAGUCUCCAAGAAACACGGCCUCAAAGUGCAUUACUUAAUGAUAUGUCAGGACCUGAUUAUGUUUUUUUUAAAUAGUUUAUAACAUAAGGUGAUUCAGUGCUCUAAGUUGUACUUUGCUAGUGCUGCAUCAGGGAUGAGGAAAUUUGAGUUGAGAAAUUUUCAUCUUGUACAGACAGACAACUGUUUAGCUCUCUAGACUUUAAAGAUAUUCUGAAUUCAUAGGGCACCAAAUUCAAGGGGAAGUGGUUCUGCAUGUUGCCCUUUGCAAGCUUUAACAGAAAUUAGACCAAUAAUUGAGAGCAAAUCCAGAAACUCCAGACAAGGGAAUCCUGUACACUAUAGUCUCCGCACGCUGAACUGACCCAGAAGUCCCUAUGCCUUUUGCCCCAAGGAGGCUUUGCCCCCUUUCACCUGAUUGGCUGAAGGUUACCAUUUAAAACAGGUGAAUGUUAUAUUAAAUAUCAUAUGAUGGGGGAUCAUGCAGUGUGGUAGGUAUGAAAAUGAGUAGGAAUUACUAUACAGUCAUCCCUCAAAUAGUACGGUUUCCAAUAGUACAGUUUCAGUUUUUACGGAUUGUCAUAGAAUUUUUUUUAGGAUUUUUAAAUUUCCCACUCGUCGCACCAAGUAGCCAUGACGUGAGUGGCAACACUUUUCUACCCAUGGAGGUAGAAUUGGUGGAGUUGACAUCAGCCCAAUUAAGUGAAUCCACCGAACUGUCAUUUUUAGGGCCGCAAGGUUGUGGAAACCUGCCAGGUGUCAGGUGUCGUCAGGUCAGGCUCCCCCUUAAUGGGCUCGGCCAGGCUGCUCUCACCCGUGUAUCAAUCAUCUUCCGGGUCUAAAAAUGACAGUUUGGCGGCUUCACCUCAAUGAAUGGAAUUAUCGGCCCGUGUCAACUCCACCAAUUCUAUGUCCAUGGUUCUACCAGACUGCCACCCAUGCACAUCUCCUCAGUCCAUGUGUGUGCACAUCAGGAACACUGUUUUGCCAGUUUGAAACCUAUGCACUUUCCUUAAGUCCGUGUGUGUGCACAACCUCAGAUACGCUUCUCCAUUACCACAUAAAAUGAACAUUGGACCCAAGAGACAAACCAAAACACUUGCUGUAAGCACCCCAAAGUGUUCGAGAAAGCUGUUCACCUUGCAGAAGAAUUCAGAUUUAGGAGGUUACGUUUUUGUAUGAGUUAAGUUGUGGUAGGAAGAGCAUACCACUUGAAUACGAAUCACGCCUGGCUCAGCUUCUACUUGCCGGCCAAAGUUGCCAGUUAUGUAUGCAUUUUCUUCUGUAGUGUUACCACGCUUGGCAACAGAGCCAUCCUGGCAGCGCUCCCUUCCACAUUGUCAGCGAGCGGACCUUGUCAUACACUCACACUCUCUCUUACCCUUUACCAUAGUCUCUAAUUCUUUCUAAAUCAUACUUGAAAUAAGAUACGAAAUGGUAAUUGUGGAGAUUGACUUCGCACCUCCAAAAUACGGCAUUACACCUCCCUAUUAUAUACGUAGUUAAGGGAUGCAUAUUUAAACUACUCCAACCGAACUUUAUAUAACCUGACCUCUAAUGGGGGGGGUCUUCGCCCCCCUCGAUGCCCCCAGCGUGGUAACACUGCACUGUGACUGCAGCAGAAAAUGCAAAACUGGUAACUGAGCCAGAUUCCGUAGGAAUGCCCAGGAGUGUUUUUUUGGGGGGGCACUAAUUUUAUACGGAUUUUCGAAUAGUACGGGGGUCCUGGGUCCCUAACCCCCGUACUAUUUGAGGGACGACUGUAAUCAAGUAAUUGACAAUACUGCACCUACCAUUAAGUAAUAUACACUAAGAAAGUGCAGAAGAGAUAAAUGCACUCAUUCCCCUUAUUUCCCUCACCUAGCAUUUACGAAUAUAUAAUAUUUAUAUACUUACUUGAUAUAGGAAUAUGUUCAAUGUAAAUUAAAAGGGGUUUUAGUUAUUGUCUUUGUAUCUUGAGUAAGAUCCUGUACUCGAUGGAGCAGCAUGUGGAGGGAGGUGAAGCAGACGGCACUGCAACUGAUGCCUGCAAACUACAAUAACAAUGGCUAAAAUCCCUUUAACCCCUAAAGGACCGGGGGUGGCUGUAUUUUCGUUACUGCUGGGACCGGCCUACCCGCACUAAACCCCGAAAAUUGCCUGUGUUCACACACUCUCUGCGCUUAACCUAUAUUGCACGAGUGAAUAAGAUAGAUUUUGUACUAACCAUCAAGUCUUCCUCUUUCUAAUGACGCCAUCCAGAAGUCUCUACAUGCCGUUGUUACAGAGAAGUGGCGAGUUGAAUAGGAUUGACUUUUGGGGUGAGUGCUCCAUGUGUCCGAUUUGCCUCCAUGGCUAUGUCUAGGAAGUAAAGAAAAUGGGUGCCCCACGCUCUCUUUACACAAGAUAUACUAUAAUAUACACUCCUUCCACACUAUACAGCCCCUCUUGUGUGUGGCUAGCAGACCUUUCCAUCUUGUUUAUGUCCUACAGUGAAGUGUGAGAGCCAUUAUAGCCUAGGUUGUGCAGUAGAUAUGGUAAAAAUAAUAAUCACACUUGUUACAAUUUAGUACUUUAUUUUAUUUUUCUCUAUUUAUAAUCAAGAACAAGACCAAAAAUAAGAAAUAAUAAGAACAAGAACAAAAACAUGUCAGUGUCAUGUCACUCAUGGCGUUGAGGUGACCGGGCGGUGGGGAGCAGUCAGGGAAUCGGACACGUCCAAAUCACUGUCGCUGCUUUCUUCCAUGAUGAGAGUGUGGGAGAGACUGAAAGAGCAGCGAUAAGUGCUGUGAGUGGCUCACGGGCAUUGUUGCCAUCGAGUGUACCAAAAAAAGGCGAAAAGCAGCUAAAUUUAGCGUAAAAAUAGGAAAUCAGUUAUAACCGCCUCCGGCCCUUCCCCAGUAAAGCGGCUAUAGCCGCCUCCGGUCCUUUAGGGGUUAAAGUUACAGCGAACAUAUCCCCAUAUCAAGUAACUAUGAAUAUUCGCGUGUGGUGUCCAUAGUAAGCUCUUAUUGGCUAAUCUAUAUAAGGAGCCUGCAAGCAGUAAACCACAAUGUCUCCCUUUCCAUUUCUCUCCUACACUCUGCGUCAAUUAAUUGACUUUUCGUCACAUAUAAAUACACGUUUAUUGCAGGUAAACCUUCUUAUAACAACCAAACAAAAAGUAAAUAACAUUUUAUUUUGUACAAAAAUACACACCAAGUUUCCCUUUUAUACAGUACCCAUAAAAAUUAUCCGAACGCCAGGACGAUCAACAAAGUCUUUUAUACAUGCAUUGAUAAAAGGAUAGAAAAAAAUGUGUUAAAGACAUAAUGUAUAUAUUCAUGUGUUACAUCAGUAUUUAGUGUUUUCUCCUUUUGCAUUCAAGACAGCCUGGAUCAUCUUGGGCAUAUAAAAAACGAGCAGCAUUCUUCAUCUAUUUCCCUCACCCACACUCUCUUGACUUCUUCGAUGAGGGUAGGAAUGCUUGAUGUAAACCCUCCUUUGGAGCUUAAUUUUUGCAAUGUUCCAUAAGGUUUCAAUUGGAUUGAGGUCAGGGGAAUUCCCUGGCCAGUCCAGAAGUUUCGUGUCCUUGGAAGCAAUCCAUUCCUUUGUUCUCUGGGCCCUGUAGCACGGGGCGUUGUCUUGCAUGAAGACCGUGCAGCCAGUGAUCUCCAUGUGUGGCAUCAAAUGGUGUUCAAGCAUCUCGAUGUAUUUGUCUGCGUUCAUUUUAUCACCUGGCUUCAAAAAAUGUAGGCCACCACGCCCCUUGGCACUGAAGCAUCCCCAUGCCAACACUCCGGAAGGAUGCUUCAAGGUCUUGCGGGUAAACCUAGCAUCGAACCUGUCACUCCCUCGCUGUCGGCACACAGUCAUUCAGCGGCUGGAGAAAAUCUUAAAUUCUGAUUAGUCGCAAAACAUCACCUUUGACCACUGCUCAGCAGUCCAGUGUGCAUAGCAUUUGCAAAAAGCAAGCCUUUUCACCUUCAUAGGCUGAGUAAGAAGAGGUUUCGCCACAGGAUGUCGAGCAGGCAAACCAAGGUCCUUCUGGAGCCUGUGUUGGAUAGUGCGGAUAGACACAUCUCCAAGCACACCUUCGUGUCUCAUUCUCAAUUCUCGGGCUGAGAUGGAAGAGUUUUCUCUUACUUUCCUCCUCAAAAAAUGAUCGGUGGUCCUCGUGGUCUUAGGAUCUCUCUCAGAGGGCUUAAAUGUAGGGGGAACACGUCCUUCCUUACAGCCUUCGCCCCGCUUCACCCACAUCACAGUCAACUGGGAGAGCUCCAACUGACGCCCAAUUUCAGCAUAUCUCUUCCCCGCCUUCCUCAUAUGAAGAAUAAGCUUUUCAACAUCAGUAAUGUUUUUCCCCAUGCUGUGAGUCUGAAAGAAAUUCUUGGGUUCAAAGGUAAAAUGAUGCUAAAGGGGGUAAAUGUCUAGAGUGAAUAGCUAGGACACCCCUCUCCUUCAGAUACCCGGAGGGAACUGCUAUGCAUGGGAACGAUGUGCUUGAAAGGGGGCAGAAAUAUGGAAUGGAAAACAUAUCAUACCGGCAUUAAGACUACGACAUGGCGGAUGAAGGACAAUACACUCAAGCGUAUGAGAAUGAAAUCACACUCGUAUACGGAUUCUUUUUGCAUGUACUGUACUUGGUUGGAUUGCCCUUCCUCUUGAGAACUUCCCUGAGGCAUUUUCGAGGAGAAUCUGUGAGUUUCCUCAAAGUAUCGGUGUCAAGUGACUCCCAGGUGCUGCGCAGUUUCACCUCCAACUUGGGUGAAGAUGAUGUGUUUUUUUCCCCUCAACUUAACUUUGAUUAUAGCCCAAAGGUUUUCUUUGGGUGAGAGAUUGGAUGAGUUCGCUGUCCAGUUUGUGAUAUGAUUUAUACAACGGUCAGAGAACCAGUUUUUUUUAUCAAUUUUGCCGUGUGGUGGUGCUCCGUCCUGCUGGAAAAUGUCUGUGCCACUCUUCUCAAAUGAUGACUCCAUGUACUCAUUGAGAGUAAUUUACUAAGUUUCUUUUUUCAUGGUCUCAUUAUGGGGUAGUGUUACCAAGUCACCCAUACCACCCAAACCAUUAAAUGCUGAUGGUGGUGGCUGAGUGGUUAGCAUGUCGGCACUGUGUCCAGGAGGAUGGGGAUAACCUUCCCAUCUGCUGCCACAAGCUAGUAUUUUUCAGUUACUGCUGAGUGGCCUAAGACUACCCACAUGCUGUCCUGAAGGCCACCUAUCAACCCAGACUCUAGAUUCUCUCUCUAAUAGAGAGGAUCAAAUAUGAGCUCUGGGGGGCAGCAUGUGCCAAGCAAGAUGGCACCACUAUAAACACUUGCCUACGCCAUAAUGGGUCGGGGCUGACAAUCCAACCCCACCAAGAAAGCUUGCUGCAUAAAAAAUAAAAAAUAAAAAUAAAUAAAAAA